AUGUCUGAGCAAGGUUGGGGCGCUGGAUGGACUAAUAAGGAAUACGAAGGAGGAGGAGGAGGAGGAGGAGGAGGAGGAGGAGGAGCAGGAGGAGGGGCGCCACGGUUCGGGGAGGCGGCUGAGGAGGUGCGGGUGAAGGAAGGGCAGACUGCGAAACUUCCAUGUGUCGUGUACCAGCUGGGAGACAAGGAGGUCACGUGGUUGCGGCGGCGUGACCUGCACAUCCUCACCACGGGUCACCACACCUACUCCGCUGAUGACAGGUUCCAGGUCGCGCACAGGCCAGGUGACAACGAGUGGACCUUGGUGAUCAACUUCGCCCAGGUGAGGGAUUCCGGCGUGUACGAGUGCCAGGUGAACGCCGAUCCCAAGGUGUCCAGCCGCGUCGACCUGCAGGUGUUGGGUCCUACUCCCCCUCUCACUGUCAGCAAGAGCAAGACUUUCGUGGCGAACAACACUGCAUCUACUAAGGAUGGUCAUCUACGUGUUCGGAUCGAGGGCCCGCCGGAGCUGUACAUCGAGGAAGGGUCCACGCUGACUCUCACCUGUGUUGUCACCUCCCGCUACGGCCCGUCCACGCUCGUUUACUGGUACCACGACACGAGGAUGCUUGACUACAACUCCUACCGCGGAGGGAUUAAGCUGAAGAUCGACCACCAGAGAGGGGAGACAGCGGCGCGGCUUCAGGUGGCGGAUGUUGGGGCUCUCGACUCGGGGAUGUACUCGUGUGUGCCCGCUGGUUCGCAUCCCGCUUCGGUCCGGGUGCAUGUACAUCAAGGCAAGCAGGAGGCAGCCAUACAGCAAAGCGGACUCAAUGUUACCAGCUCCGGCGCACACCCCUCACCUCCUCCUCCCUCCCUACUCCUCCUUCUCCUCUCCUCCCUUCCUCCCCUCCUCUCCCUCCUCUCCUGUUCUUCUUCAUUGUAUUUCCCCUCCUCUUUCUCUCCUUCGUUUUCCUCCUGUCUCGUUUCUUCUUGUUUUCUUUUUCUUCUCUCUUUCGCUUCUUUUUCUUCUUCUUUCUCGUUUCUUUUUUUCGUUUUUUUAAUCUCUUCUUUUUCCUCCUCCUCUGUUUCUGUUCCUUCUCUUCUCCUUCUUCUUCUCCUUCCCUUCUAUCUUCCUUCCUCUUCUUUCUUUUUUGUGAUAUCUGUUUUCCUUCUCAUCUUCUUCCUCCUUUUUCUUUUUUCCUUUUUUCAACUUUCUUCUUUCUUCUCUUUUUUCUGCUUCUUUAUCCUCAUUUUUUCCUCCUCCUCUUCCUGUUUGUUUCCUGGUAUCUUCCUCUUCCUUUCUUAUCUUCUCUCCUUUCCUUCUUCUUCUCCUCUUCCAUCUUCUCUUCCCUCCUCCUCAUUAAAAUUAACACGGAUCUUCUUCCUGACAGUUUUCUCCUCUUUCUUCCUCCUCUUCCUCUUCUUCUUCCUCUUCUUCCUCCUUCUUCUCUUUAUUCAGGGAAUUCUCCCUUUAUCCUUCCUUUUAUUCUUUCCUCUCAAUUGCCUCUUCUCCUCCUCUUCUUCCUCCUCCUCUUCUUCUUCUUCUUCCUCCUUCUUUCCCUUCGUUAUUCCAAAGUUUAUCACCUCUUUUACUUCCUCUGCCCUUCGCUUGCUCCAAUUCCCUCUUCUUUUUCUCCUUCAUUUCUUCUUCCCUCCUUCUUUCUCUUCCUCCUCUGUUGCUUCCCUCCUCCUCCUCCUCCUCCUCUUCUUCUUCUUCCUCCAUUUCCAGUCUAAUUAUUUUAAUGGGAGAAAGUUUCUUUGUUUUCCUUCUGUACGUUCUUCCUCCUCCUCUUCCUCCUCCUCCUCCUCUUCUUCCUCCUCCUCCUUUAUCUCUUACUACGAGCUUCUUCCUUUUCCUUUUUCACCUCCUCCUUCUUCCUCCUCUUCCUACGAGCGUCUUCCUCUUAUUCAUCUUCCUCUUCCUCUUCCUCCUCUUUCCUCUUGUUCGUGUACUCCAAGCGAUCUUUAUCUCAUGUUUUCCUCUCAUUUAAUUCUCCUCCUCCUCCUCCUCCUCCUCCUUCUUAUCCUCUUCCUCUUCCUCUUCUUCUUCGCUUUUUCAUCUCCUUUUUAUUCCUCUCCUCGUGUCUCAUUCUCUUCUUCAUUCUCGCUUGAUUCAAUUAUGUAAAGCUAUCUUUCUUUCCAAGAGAGAGAGAGAGAGAGAGAGAGAGAGAGAGAGUGUGUUUGCGUGUCUUUUAUCAUAACUACUAUCAUCUCGUACACACACACACACACACACACACACACACACACACACACACACACUUUUACUUCGUGUUGUAAGUGACUGUCAUGAGAGAGAGAGAGAGAGAGAGAGAGAGAGAGAGAGAGAGAGAGAGAGAGAGAGAGAGAGAGAGAGAGAGAGUUGUUUCCGUCUCUGUCUGUGUCAAGUAAUAAAUAAAUAAAAUAAAUAAAAUGUAUCUUAAUCGUC